AAAAAUUUCCUAAUUAACUUUUGAAGAACGAUAUGAGUGCGCUGAAGAGAAGAGCAACAAAAUAGCAUAGAGAGAUGAAUAGUGCUUCUAAAUAUUUUAUAAACUAAGUAAUCGAUACUCGUGAAUAUAAACGGAUUUUCUUGAACUAGGUAGCGCAGCGAGGAAGAUGCAGAGUCAGCAAACUGAGAAAGAAGAAGACGAUGAAGGCCCACCACCGGGGUGGCAACCAAUCUCCACUCAUCCACCGCUAUACCAACCGCAACCGCCGCCGCAGCUGCAACCCCAACCGCGACCGCCACGUCCAUGUGGUUGGGGUCAGAUGGUCUGCGGUUCUUGUCAUCGCCUGCUUUCAUAUCCCCGAGGUGCCAAACAUGUUAAAUGUCCAUGCUGUGAGACCGCCAACAUUGUAUUAGAAGGUAUUACGGCUAAACUCGAGGGUGACUCAAAUCAAGCAGACUUAUUUCGUCAAAUUCGGCUUCAAAUUAUUACUGGAGAAAAGGAGAUGGUUGUUGAGAAUCCUCCCACUAACGAUCAGAAGGUCGAGGUCAUGGAGGCCGUCCGUGAUUUGCAACCUUCACCUGCUGAGGAGAAGAAACACAAGAGAAAAGAAAAGCCCUCUCAGCACAACUUCCCUUCCCAGUUCCCCAAGCGGAAGCGAACAUCUUCAAGUGGGAAUUCAUCCGCGCUGAUGUUGGCCAACCUUCGAAUGAGGGAUGGCUUGUCAAUCUCAUUGACGACAUCAGAGCUAGAGGUUGUUGACAACUCGAACCGGGAGGCGCUUUUGGAAUCUUUUUUGGAGUUUCAAUCUCGUGCAAUUGUUGUGGCACGCCACCUUGGUGCAGAUUUGAAGAAUAACCUGAUGGUCGAGUUGGAAUCAGCCAAAUCAGACUUGGCUAAUGCCCAAAAGCGUAUUGAUGAAAUGUCUCAUAAGGAAUCUUUGUUAAACAAAGAAUUGGACAAGUUGAAAAGGGAGAAGUUGAAUCUUUUGACCAACUGUUCUUCAUGGGAAACUUGGUGUCUUCAAGCCGAGAACGAGGAAGAAGAGGCCAAGGCUAAAAUUACCCAGUUGAAACAAGACCUUUCAGAUAUGACUUCGGCUCGUGCAGAUGAUAGAAGGAAACUGGCGAGUGAACUUUUUCAACUAAAGAAAUGCCUCUUGGCACAACACGAGGAAGGUUUUGCCAAGGCACUCCGGCAAGCGGCUUUGUUAUUUAAGAUUCCCCCUGAUGAUGAUAGAUUUGGUGUAGACCAAGAUGUUUAUCAUGGCAAAUUGGUUUCGAUAAACGACAUCCCCUACGGGUGUAAACACUGUUGAUCUUGUUGACCUCGCUCAACUUGUUGCUGAUCUCCUAACCUUUUGAUGACAUAUUUGAUAAUCAAGACGUUUAAUGUUUUAAGUUUGUACUUUGGGCCGAUAGUGUCCCUUUAACUUUUUGCCUUUUGAACUCAUUAGGGAAUGUACAUUUUUGCCUUUUGAACUCAUUAGGGAAUGUACAUUUUAUGCAA